AACGGGGAAACCUCUCCAGCAGCCCGGCGAGAGCGGAGAUUGGACUCCAGGCAGCAAAGCAGACUCGCGCAUUCCUCUGACAUUCUCUCCUCCUCAUACCACGUCUCACGUUGGUCCAGCCCUGGGCUGUUCACAAUGAAGUGACCCCGCACUCACGGUCUCUCCUCCCAGCAGCGCUCCCCCCCAGCCGAACCAUGUCUGAUGAGCCCGUGCGGAAGGACAGCGAGAUCAGACGGCCCAACUCCAGCAUGGGCUGUGGAUCCAAGGACGACAAAGCCAGCCUGGCUUCCAGCCAGACGAUGUCCCUCAGCCCGCAGCCCCACCAGCCCUCCGCUCCGGGCUCCAAGGAAGUGUGGAAGAAGGGCGGCCGCAUGUUCUCCAUCCUGCUGGCCGUGCACUUAGCCCUGCUGGCUUGCACGCUGGUGAGCAGUGGGGCUUUUGAGAGAAUUGCCGUGCAUGAUUACGAUGUCUUUUUCCUGCUGACUGUCAUGAUGCUGAUAGUCAUCAUAUGGAUUAUCUUCUACCUCAUCAGCACCUCCCGGUGCCCAGAUGCCAUCCUCUGCAAAGACUCCCACGCUGGACCCGUCUGGCUGAGAGGAGGCCUGAUCCUAUUUGCCAUUUUCAGCCUUGUCAUGGAUGUGUUCAAAAUAGGAUAUUACUCCAGCUUCUACAGCUGCCUGUCUGCAAUCAAGAUAAUGUACCCCAUCGUGCAAGCAAUAUUCGUGGUUGUGCAGACGUACUUCCUGUGGAUCUCUGCCAAAGACUGUGUCCAUGUACACCUGAACGUUACCAGGUGUGGCUUGAUGCUGACUCUGACCACAAACUUAGCAGUGUGGAUGUCAGCGGUGACAGAUGAAUCUGUUCACAAAGCACAUUCAAAGCUGAAGAAAAAUACAACAGAGGAGCUGUUCAGGUGGCUCCUGAAAGUGGGAAUGAGAAGUGGCUCAACAGAAGCGUGCAAUUGCAACAGCCAAAUCUGCCAGAUCUUCAAGAACGGCUACUUCUGGCUGUACCCCUUCAACAUCGAGUACAGCCUGUUCGCCUCCGCCAUGGUUUACGUCAUGUGGAAGAACGUGGGGCGCUUUAUAGACCACCACUCCCACCACAUUCAGCGCCUGAAGUUCAGGCUCUUCCGAAGAACCUUCUUUGUGGGUAUUGUGCUGGGCCUCAUCAUCCUGGUGAGCGGCCUGGGAGUCCUUAUCGUUUAUGAGGUGCAAGUGAAUUCCAGCACCGAGCCCAGCAAGAAGGGCCAAGCGCUCACCAUGUACUACAUCUUCAACAUUGUUUGUCUGGGCCUGAUGUCCCUUGUCUGCAUCGGGGGCUCUGUCAUCUACCGCUUCGACAAGAGAGACAUGGAUCGGCACAAGAACCCCACGCGGACGCUGGACGUGGCGCUGCUGAUGGGUGCUGCCCUGGGGCAGUACGCCAUUUCUUACUACUCCAUCGUCGCCAUCGUGGCCAGCACGCCAAGGGACGCCAUCAGCGCGCUCAACCUCACCUACGCCCUCCUCAUGAUUGCCCAGCACACUUUCCAGAACAUCUUCAUCAUUGAAGGCCUUCAUCGGCAGCCCCCCAAGGAGGACCACAAGCGCAGCUCUCACCAGAAGGAGCUCUACGGUCUCACCUUUGUCAACGUCAGCGCGGUGUCCCUCCGGGUGCCCGACAGCGGCAGCGUGUCGGCACUGAGCACCGGCACCGAGGGCACCAUUCCUUCCGACCUCGUGCGGUCCCUCACGGCCCCCAAGAAGAUAAACUGGCGGAGGAAGUUGUUAAGGGAGAUCUCCAUGUUCCUCCUGCUGUGCAACAUCAUACUCUGGAUCAUGCCAGCGUUUGGUGCCCGGCCCCACUUUGACAACGACACAGAACUGAACUUCUAUGGUGAUUCCAUGUGGCCGGCCAUUGUGGACAUUUGCCUGCCCUUUGGGAUCUUCUACCGAAUGCACGCAGUGGCCAGUUUGCUGGAGGUCUGCAUCAUGUCCUGAUGAACUCUCUCGCAAGGAAGACGAGAACCUCCUCAACCCACCCACCUCCAUCCCCCCCACUGGGAGCCCGGCCCCACGGCCCCCCACCCCUGCCUGAAUCGCAUCCUCAUGCAGCGUCAGGGCAUUUCUGAACUGUCAGUGGAGAUCAUCCCAAUAUAGCUCCAGAUUUUAUUUUUGCUACGUGUGUGUGAUGUGCACAUGAGUGUGUUUGAAGUUUGUAUACCUUAAAAAAAAAAAAAAAAAAGGAACCAGAGCAGGAUGAUGGAAUUUACCCUCAGUUCAUGCACAGAGAACCACCUUCCUCCCUACAGCCCGUUCCCCCCACGCCACUGCUCUACUCCCCCGGGAGCGCUCGGCCCCACGGGCAGUCACUGCCUCACAGAGGGGUUGGCUCAGGGGUGAAUGGCAGAGGAAGGGAAACCACUGCAUCUCCGGUACGGCCAGUCAGAAACCACCUCCUGCCCUGCAGAGAUGUGAACAAACCUCCGCUGCCACCAAAGGCUCCGGGAACACUUUGUCUGCCCUCUGCAUUGCCCAUCCACACUGCCCACGCUGAGCCCCCCCAGCACCGCCCUUCCCCUGCAGAGCGGGGUGCGAUGCCGACGGCUGCAGCGCUGCUGGGAGGGCUGAGCGCGGGGCUGCCCCGGCCCUUUUCCCCCCUGAUUUUCCUGAAUCAGUGCUCAAGAGCCACCAAGAUCAUAGGGGCGAGGGAGCCCGAGGAAGAGGUUUGUUUUUCUUUUUUUUUUUAAUGGAUGAUUUUUUUUUUUUUUUAAAUAGCUGAACCUUUUUGUACACGUAAUUAUUUAUUGAUUUGCACUGUAAUGCUCACCUCCCGGAGGGUCCCUCCCUGCCCCGCAGUGCAUACAUCAUCCCAUUGCUGCAGCUUCUCCCUCCACUCCCUGUGCCCUCAACGUAGGACUGCAAUGCACUGCCAGCCCUGGAGGACUCGGGGCCCACACACGCAGCCCCAGCACACACCUCUGGGCGCCUGCAGCUCUCUGAGUGCCGCAGCAUCACAGAGCGGGUUGGGUGGGGGGGGGACCUCAGGGCUGACCCCGUUCCAUGACCCAGGGCUGCAGGUGGGAGGGAUGGGCUCCCUGCACUGCGCAGAGCCCAAGCAGAGCUGAGGGCUGCCCACACUGCCCGGAGAGGUGUGUGCCCAAAGCGCACAGCUGUGCUUCGCCUGCACCCCAACACACCCACGGUUAUUGUUCAGAUACAGAGUGCUCCAGAGAUGGCAGAUUGAGCCUUUUCUUACAGGUGUGUGUGCAUCUGUCAAAUAAAAUAACAAAUAAAAGCAGAUUGUGAUACCUGGCA